AGCGGCGGCGGCGGUGCGGGCCGCUGUGGGGCAGCGUGGCCGUCAUGGCUAUCCUGGCCCUGCAGAUCGCCUCCACCACCGGCCUCUUCGUCUACUUCACCAUGGCCAUCUCCAAGCUGAAAUCCCAGGCUCCGGGCAGCGCGGAGGAGCUGCGGUGUCUGCAGGUGCUCAAUCAGCAGCCCGAGGGCUCCAGCCUGGAGGAGCUGAGCAGCAGCCAGGGCUGCCUCAAGCUGGCCAGCACCAUCAAAGCCUACGUGGCCACGGUGACCGAGAACAUCAUCCGCAGGAGCGCCGUGAAGGAGGCCUGGCGGAGCUACUUCAACACCUCAGAGGGGCAGCUUCCUCCCAGAACAGCUGGGAAACCCUCGGCACAUCUCACCCUCCGCCCACAGAGCCUGGCUCAGGAUGGACGCUCCCAGAGCUUCGGGAACCUGUCGCAGUCGUGCCGCCACGCCAUCGCGCACUGGGGGCACAGCAGCCUGCACUCCCACGUGCACAACAUGAGCUACCGCGCCGGGCGGCUGCGCGUGGAGCAGCCUGGAAAGUACUACGUGUACUCCCAGAUCUAUUUCCGCUACCGCGGCGCCGGCCGCGACUCGGGCCCGCAGCUGGUGCAGUGCAUCCAGUGGCAGCCGGCCCACAGCCCGCCCGUGCUGCUGCUCAAGGGAGUGGGCACCAAGUGCUGGGCGCCCGACGCCGACUACGGGCUCCACGCGCUCUACCAGGGCGGACUCUUCGAGCUCAAGGCCGGGGACGAGCUCUUCGUCUCCGUCUCCUCCUUGGCCAUCGACUCCAACGAUGCCGCAGCCAGCUACUUCGGGGCCUUCCGCCUCGACCUGUGACUCCCCCUGCGCUCCCCCGGGGCUGGCACAGCCUCUCGUGCCCGCGGUGUCCCUUGUGCUGAGGGACGAGCCAAGAAGGGCCCGGGGACGGCUGCGGCUCGGUGCCGCCCUGCAGGGAAGGAGGAAGGGUCUCUGAGGACCCACAGGGGACAUCCCAGCCUCGGUGACACCUCCCAACGGCUCCCUGCAGCGGGAAAGGCACCAGGGCCACGUCUGCCACUGCAAGACAAAGUGUCCCCGUGGUGACACCGUGAGCCCGACCCCACCUCGGGCAGGGCUGCGGGCGCCGGGACCUGGGGCUGGAAGCACCCCCGGGGUGGCACCUCUGGGUUGGGAGGGUGGGGCAGGUCCAGUGUCGGCCUCUGGAAGGGAAGGAAGGAGUUUCAGUCCGGGAGAUGUUUGGGAGAUGGUUCCAGGGAGGGCAAAGGGCAGGGAACCGCAGCAGUGGCCAGGCCUGGCACCGCACCCGGCACGUGGCACCGGGGCACGUGGUGAGCGAGCCAGGCUGCAGAGCCCAGGAGCUCAGCACGGCUGCUGAACAAGAACCUCUUCCCACGGGGAUUCUGUCCCCCCCAGCCCUCGUGGACAGCGCAGUCCCCACCUCCUCACACCUCCAGGCCUGGCAGUCCCUGCAGGAUUCCAGCUCUGGCUGAGCCCGGUGGGCGCAGCAGGACCUCGGAGGGACCAAACCAGCCCUGGGGUGAUGGAGACCACGCCAGAGGCCAAAGGUGGGUUCAGGCAGGGCCCAGCUGGCUCAGCCCAUGACGCAGCCCCCUUGUCUAACUCCCCCCGUACUCUGUAUCCUGCUGAGUCCGGGGGGAUUUGCGGGCAGUGGGCUCCCAGGGAGGAUGGAAUAAAGCCUUGUACUCCAGCACGGGUCUGGCCCCUUUGCACCCAGGACAAGGCUGGGCAGGGUGGAUCUGGGGGCAGCAGGGCACUGCUGGGGCACUGCCAGGGCUCCAGACAGAGCCCAGCAGAGGCUCCUGCUCUUGCUGCACCGCGGCACCUCCAGGGGCUCUGCGGCCGCCGGCCCCACGACACCGGGGCAGUGCCGAGGGGAUGUGUUCCUGCUCCUCAGCCCAGUGCCUUCAUCCUCGCUGGGCCAGCUCCUGCACAGACCCCACGGAAUCUGAGCCCAUCCCAGCUCCUCCUGCCCUCCUCAGCUCGGGGUCCCACUGCUCCUGCCCUCUGAGCGUGGGAUUGUCCUAGCCCAGGACACAGCCGGGGCCACCCAGGGGCUGUUCCUGGGCAGGGGCUGCCCCUCGCUCCUGCCAUCCCUCCUGCAGCUUUCCAGGCCUGACUCCCGGCUCUCCACAUCCCUGGGCAGGGCUGGGGGCAGAGCCAGGCAGUUCCCACAUCCCCCAUAGCCCCAGCUGCUGGGCAUUCCCACUCUGCAGCCCCCAGCUCCUGCAGGCUCCCGCUCCAGGGGACACGGUGCCACCUGCACACAAACACCUGGACCGGCCCCAAAUGCAAGGAAUGAUUCCCCAGCUCAUCCAGAACCUCCAAAAGCUCAUCCAGAACCUCCAAAAGCUCACCCAAAGCCAGAGAGCACCGAGAGCAUCCUCCUGGGGGGUGACAGGGCUGAUCCUCCCUUGGCAGGGCUGGUGGGCUCCGUUUUCCCAGUCCCCAGGGAGGGAUGGAGGGAGCUGGGCCAAGCCUUGGCUCUGCAGCACCCUGGGCAAAAAUCAAAGCACUCCAAACCCCUCCAUUCUAAAACCACCCCUUUUCCUCCACCUCUCAUCCCUGCUCCUGCUGUCCCGGGCACCUCAGUGAGCCACAACAGCGCUCUCGACAUCCUCGGCUCCCAAACAGCCCCGGGAGCACCGAGCUCGUCUGGCCAUGGGAGCCCUGGGCUGAGCAGCGGAGCUGGGGCUGCAGGAAACGCAGCAGGUGCUUCCAAGGUUUCCUUUGGAAGGGACACGGCCCGAGGGAGCCGGCAGAGGUUGUGUUUGCCACGGAGGAAGCAGGGAAAGCAGGCAAGGGCUCACCCCGCUUUCCUGGAAAGGAGAGAGCUCCUGGGGGUGGAGGGGAGAAGAAAACUCCAGCAGCAUCGGGGCAAAGAGCAGCCUCACCCCGUGUGGGGAGAGCACAGCUGGAAUUCCUCACUGAGGAGCCGGCACAGGUUACCCCCAGCAGCCGCGGCCCCUCUGCCUCCUCCAUCCUCCUCCCUGUCCUGGGGCCUCCAGCAGCAGCCCUGGACACCCCAGGGCUCCCACCUGGACACGGGGACUGGCCACCAGCAGCAGAAGCCAGCAGAGAAACCGGCCUCCACAAGAACAGCCUGAGGAACCUGGGCCAGCGCUGCCCAUCCCAGGGCGCUCCAGGAAAGAAAGAACCAGGAGUGGAAAGAGCUGGAUGAGGACACACCACUUGCUCUGACUGAGGAAACAAAAUGUGCUGUGCAAACGGAGCAAAGCACUGAAGAUUUCUCAUACAGCUCUUCUGUUAGUGCUAAAAUUGUUUAUUAGAAGUUACAAGUCACAGUUUAAACGUGAGCGUUGCUGACGAGGUCACUGCAGCUCCUACUGGAAAGCGAAGUCAGUGGUCCCUAAACCAACUCUGCAUCCCCUCACAGCCUCCCCUGCCAGCACCUCCCUCGGGCUGGGGACAGCCACAAGAACAAAGAAUUCCUGAUUAUCCCUCCUGAGCGUGUCCCCAAAGCCGAGAGCUGCAGCACAUCCCCACAGGGUCCCUCCAGUGACAGCUCCCGGCCCUUCCUCAGCACCUGGAGCUGCAGGGGGACAGGCUCAAGGGAUAAAGGGGAGAAGUUCCCUGGCAGGGUGGGCAGGCUUGGCACAGGGUGGAUCCCUGGCAGUGCCCAAGGCCAGGCUGGACACUGGGGGUGGAAUGGGAUGAGUUUUAUGGUCCUUCCAAGCCAGCCCGUUCCAGCAUUCUGUGAUUCCCUCCUGCUCUGAGGCAGCCUGGGAGGUGGGGCUGGCUGCAGCACUCAUAAAACCUCCACACUGACCUGAUUUCCCGUGGCCUCGCCCUGGGGAUUCAAUCCAGACACAAAGUGCUUCCUGCAGCCGCUGCCAAAGACCCUCUUGUCUCCUCUGCCAAGGAGCUGCUUUUACCUCAGCCCAGGGCGUUCACAGCCCCCAGCCUCCCUCUCUGAAUAAAUCCUGGGGCCAAAGGCUCCUUUUUCCCUCUUUGUUGUUAUGAACCAGCUCAUUGCUACCUCCAAGCCUCCAUCCCUGCCCAGACACGAUCUCCUUUUACUUUCAAGUCCCCAGCCUGGCCCGAGUUGACAGGAGGGAGAGGAAAUCCAGGCUGAAAUCCACGUCACCAGGGCAGGAAAGCAUUCCUUGGGACGCUGUAAAUAAAGCACAGACACAGAGAGAGAGCAGCGGCUGUGGUGUGAGCCCAGCAUCGCCCCUCGCUCUGCCCCAGGGCACCUCACCCCAGCCCCAGGCAGGAAUUCAGCCCGAAAAAAGAGAGAAACAAAACAGAAAUCUCUUUCCUACAGCAGGAAGGGCUCGUGGAGCUGCGGGAUGCUCCUUAAACCCUCAGGAGAACGGGAAUGGUGGGGUGAGGAGCAGGGGACACAGACCCUGCCAGCCCAUCCCUUGUGGGGUCACAGAUGGUUGGCUCAGGACUUCUAAAAUCCAUUUAGUGCAAUCCCAUCCCAGCUGUGCUGCUCGCAGCCCCUGCCCACGGCCCCAGGGGAAAACCAGGGAUUUUUCUCCUUUCCAGGAGCAGUUGUGUCCCCCUGUGCAGCCCGUGGCUCCCGGCAGCAGAGCACGAGGGCAGAGCUGAGCCAGCUCCAGCCGAGCUCCUGCACAACUCACACUUCCUCCUUUCAUUCCCCCGCCAGCCAAGCUGGAGACACCACGAAAAAAUAAUUCCACUUUUAAAGAAAAUUCCUCAUUCUGUGUCCUGUCCAAAGCCCGGCAGUGUUCCACAGAACCACGGAACCAGAUGGGUUUGGGUCGGCUCCCCCAGCCCGUCCUGCCCUUCCAGCACCCCAGAGCCGAGCGCAUCCAGCCCUGGCCCCAGAGAGACCCCCAAAAUCAGGGUCAGCAAUGGGAUAUUGGAUAUCCAGGGGAUGCCUGGAGCCAUCCUGCAUCCCGCCCGUCUCCCGCAGGGAACCACGGGCUCCUCCCGGAGCGAAGCGAUGGAAGAGCACGAAGAGCACAGGGCAGAGCUGCGAGUUGGGCACCGUGAGGACCCAAACCCUGUCAGCCUCCCUAAAUCCCGGCCCCACGGGGCUUUUCCUGCCUUUCCCACUCCCACCCUGCCGGACACGGCUUUCUCCAGACGGCAUCCCAGGCCGCCUGUCCCGCUGGAAACACAACCCACGGGACAGCGAGGAGCUGCUGGGCAGCUGUUUCCUGCCCCGGGCUCCCAUUCCCACUCAGCACAGCAUCCCUGGGACAGCUGGGAUGCUCCAUCUGGGAUAACCCUGCACGAGACUUUCCCUCUGAGCACCUUACCUCACACUGGGCAGCCUUCCCACAAGGAAUCUGCUCAUGGAUCACGGAUCUAAUGGAAGCAGGACCGUUUCCCAAGCUGGGACCCUCCUGAGGACGGUGAGGAGAAAAGGGGAAAGCUUUGUGUUUCUGCUAUCCCAGGUGUGCCACAGGAAGGGAAGCCAGCAUGGACAGCCCCAGAAAGGAGCUCCCAGGGGAUUGGGAAAAGGCAGCUUCUUCCCUGAACUCAGCCCCAGACCCCAGAACAUCCACCUGGCCUCCAAACAGAACAAAAAAAAAAUCAUUUGAAAGCAAAGCUGCUGUUGGGCUGAGGCAGCACAUGAGGAAUCCCAGCCAUCUCCUGCUGCACAAAACCACCACAGACCAGUGCAGGCAUUUGUUCCCCAAGCAGAACUGGAUCUGCCAGUGACAUCUGCAGCUCUGAGCUGUCCGAGGACUGAGACGCCAGGGAAGCAGCAGAGCAGGGCCUGGAUGGCUCUGGAAGAUCAGGAAUCUGCCUUUUGCUCCUUGGAAAGACAAGGAAUUCGUACCGGAGGGGUUUUGAGAGGGAUGGAGCCAGAUUUCACUCCCAUGAAACAACUGAGGCUGGUGAAGAGCAUCAGCCUCCCUGGGCAUCCAGAACCUCCCAAAUUCCAGUGAGCAGGCAGAGUUUUAUCUACAGGAAAAUCACCUGGGCAGUGCUGGCACAGGGACUGAGGAGCACCAGGGCUGGGCGGGGAGGGUUCCUGGCACGGCUGCUGGGAAUCCAGCUGGGAUCCAGGGGCAGCAGGGAGCAGUGCCCGUGUCCCCAGCUCUCCAGGGGGACAGGAGGAGGUGUCCAACACCAUCGGGGCUUGGGGAAGGGCAGGAAUUCAGGACUCAGCCUCUGGGAUCUUGGGGAUGAGCUCAGGGGAAAGCAAGGGAUCCUUGGGCAUGGAUCAGAGAAAGGGAGCAGGACGGGAAGACACCCGUGAACUCUUCCUACCUCUUCCUUGGGCUUCUCCUGACAAGGCAGCGGCAGAGUAAUUAACACAUUCACUAAUUAAUCAAAACCAGCAUCUUCCCAAUGAGAAAUUCGGCCCAAUUUAAAGGAGAUGUGAUGUGGGGGGUUUUGUUUAUUUGGGUUAUUUUUCCUUCCUUCAGUCAAGCAGCCUCAGCCAGUCAAACUUUAUUUUUCUUUCCCCUAUUUUGGCUUCCCAAGGUUGUGAUUUUUCCCACGUGGACCCUGAGCCCAGCCCUGACCCUCUGCCAGCACCUCAGUACUGCAAAACCAUCCUGCUCCUUCCACACCUCUGCAAGUGCACGAACACCUUGGCUUUUCCUCCCCACCUUCGCAACAGCAGCUCCAACAAAAGAAGAGGAGGAAAUACAAUUCUCUAACAUUUUGUUUUUACUCCUUCAUGGAAUCUUUCCAACGUAACUUCACAAAAGCAACGUAAAUAAAGUCUCUUUUUUUUUCUUCUAAAAA